UAUGGUACAUAAGCGCUUCCGCAGCCCCCAGCGCGUCUCAAUCUACUGCGGGGGCUGCGGGGGCUAGCAGUAACCACUGAAGUCCGCACUCACCCUUCUCAACUUUACUGGGGCAGCGGCCAGGAGAUACCUGGCAACGCGCAGGAAACCCCUGACAACGCACAGGAGACCCCUAGCAACUCGCAUGAAACCCCUGGCAACGCACAGGAGACCCCUAGCAACGCGCAUGAAACCCCUGGCAACGCAUAGGAGACCCCAGGCAAUGUUUUCAGGACAGCUCAUGGGUAGAAUUUCAAAGUAACAAUAAGUAAUCUGACCCCAUUUGCUUCCACUAAGCCCCGUCCUCUUACCUGAGAGGAAUAAAAGCAGAAGCAUUCUAGCAGGUCAGAAUGUCUAAACAAAGACAACGUUCUUUGUCCACUUCAGGAGAGGCAUUGUAUCAAAUCCUGGGCUUGGAGAAAGGGGCAACUCAUGAUGAAAUCAAGAAGUCGUACAGAAAACUGGCUCUAAAGCAUCAUCCAGACAAAAAUCCUCACAAUCCUCAAGCAGCAGACACCUUCAAGGAGAUCAACAAUGCGCAUUCAAUACUCAGUGACUUGUCCAAGAGGAAUAUUUAUGACAAGUAUGGGUCAUUGGGACUGUAUGUGGCCGAACAGUUUGGAGAAGAAAAUGUCAAUGCAUAUUUCAUGCUCUCUAGUUGGUGGGCAAAGGGCUUGUUUGCCAUCUGUGGACUCCUCACCGGCUGCUACUUCUGCUGCUGCCUGUGCUGUUGCUGUAACUGUUGUUUCGGAAAAUGUAAACCCAAAUCAGCAGCAGAAGAGGAUUACGAGUUGUAUGUGUCACCUGAGGACCUGGAAGAUCAGAUCAAAACAGACAUGGAAUCAGAUGGACAUACACCAAUCAUAAUGCAGCCAACAAAUGCUAACGAGAAAACGCAGUUGAUUGGAGACAGUCGUCAAACUUACCAAACAGACUCGUAAAACUGGAAACAAGUUUUUGCAAGUUAUACUGAAUGUGGAAUAAAGUUUCCCAUAACUAUAAAUUAUAAGAUUACAUUUAUCAGGUCAUAGAAAUAAUAGCUGACUUGUAAUAUCUGCAAUAGUUUAUAGUAGGAGGUGAGUUAUUACUUAUAAUGCAAAUGUUGCCUGAUGAGCACUGAAUAGGAGACAUCAGAAGUCAAAUGUUUGUUUGAAUACAAUUUAAGGAAAUUUUAUGUAUAUGUGAAUAGCUUAUGUUUAUUAUAUAUUGAUAACAGUCUACAGAGAUGAUGAAAUAUAUAUGUAUUCAAAUAGGUAGAAACUUCAAACAUCAUAGAUAAAUUUCAGCUUUGAUAGGUCUUUUGGAAAUUUUUGAAAAUUGGUUAUGAAUUGUCUACUGCUCUAGCCUGAAAAUUAUCUCAUAUGUAAUAAAUAUAGAUAAUUUUUGAUGUUAUCCAGACAUUGUCAAAUCAGAAAGAUACAUUGGGACAUUGGGUCUAAUUCAGAUCUGAUCGCAGCAGCAAAUUUGUUAGCUAAUGGGCAAAACCAUGUGCACUGCAGCUUUGGCAGAUAUAACAUGUGCAGAGAGAGUUAGAUUUGGGUGGGUUAUAUUGUUUCUGUGCAGGGUAAAUACUGGCUGCUUUAUUUUUACACUGCAAUUUAGAUUUCAGUUUGAACACACACCACCCAAAUCUAAUCUCUCUGCACAUGUUAUAUCUGCCCCCACUGUAGUGCACAUGGGGGUAAUUCUGAGUUGAUCGCAGUUUCAAGUUUGUUAGCAACUGUGCAAAACCAUGGCCCUCAUUCCGAGUUGUUCGCUCGGUAAAUUUCAUCGCAUCGCAGCGAUUUUCCGCUUAGUGCGCAUGCGCAAUGUCCGCACUGCGACUGCGCCAAGUAAAUUUGCUAUGAAGUUAGGAUUUUUACUCACGGCUUUUUCUUCGCUCAGGCGAUUGUAGUGUGAUUGACAGGAAAUGGGUGUUACUGGGCGGAAACAGGCCGUUUUAUGGGCGUGUGGGAAAAAACGCUACCGUUUCCGGAAAAAACGCAGGAGUGGCCGGAGAAACGGAGGAGUGUCUGGGCGAACGCUGGGUGUGUUUGUGACAUCAAACCAGGAACGACAAGCACUGAACUGAUCGCAGAUGCCGAGUAAGUCUGAAGCUACUCAGAAACUGCUACGAGGUGUGUAAUCGCAAUAUUGCGAAUACAUCGUUCGCAAUUUUAAGAUGCUAAGAUUCACUCCCAGUAGGCGGCGGCUUAGCGUGAGCAACUCUGCUAAAAUCGCCUUGAUGGUUUUGCCCAACUGCUAAAAAAAAUCCUGCUGCGAUCAACUUGGAAUUACCCCCAUGGUUUUGCCCAACUGCUAACAAAUUUGCAGCUGCGAUCAACUCUGAAUUAGGCCCAUUGUGAAAAUCACAGGGAGCCAAUUUACACACCUCCAGCAAUUGUGCUUCCACUAACCUUGUCCAUUCGUGGCAUUUUUCAAUCCUACCGUAUGUGGGAAGUGGGGUAUGGGACCGUCUUCCAAUAAUAUUUAAACGUUGGUACCCAUGGUUAAAAUUAUUCAAAUUCCAGAGUUAUUCAAACUAUGGGAGGAAUUCAAUUAGCCCCGAUAUAUAUAUAUUUUUCUUGCGCACAAUUUUUCCCCCUGGGCUAUUCAAUUGUCCCCUGUUUUUUGUGGCCAAAAAUAGAUAGAUAAAAAUGUCCCUUUUUGGGUAAAAACACUAGAAUGAUGAGCUUAUUGACCUAUGUGUUUUUGCGGUCACGUUUGCAAAAAUGGUGUCAUUAUCUGUGGUAUUUUUUUCCGGAGCAUGCUGACGAUCCGUAAAAAAUUCCCUGAUACUGUAUGUGCUGGUGGGGUCGCACUUCUGGACUAAUUGAACAGCCUCAGGGGGUUAAUUAGCCUGCUGUAAAUUAACUGGGCUAACUGAAUUGCCCCCAUGUCUAAAAUUAAAGGAUAGUAUAAAUCCUGUAAUCAUUGUUACUAUACUGUUUUGAAAGUGAGUAUAACACUCAGAUCUGUAGUCUCCCUGAGAAUAUAAUACAUAUUUCCCUAUUUUCUAUUCUGUAACCCCUUUCCUAUAUUUGUGAAACAAAAAAAUAAAAAGUUAUUAAAAAAAGAAGAGAAAUGCA